AUGGAAAACAAUGUACCGCUCAUCGAUGAUUUUGGAAUGACGCCGCUCCACGUCCUUUUUUCAACUCCCGAGCCAAGUCACGGUCUGCUCCAAGUCCUUAUAGACAAGUACCCAUACCAUGUUUUGGAAUGCCAAGACGCAAAUGGCAAACGACCAUUGGAUUACUUGCUAUCCAACUGGACUGAAACAAAUUCAUCUUUGCUGGAAAUAUCACUACAAAAAUGGAUGGUUCGCCCACUUGUUUGUGGGGGUGCUACAUCCUGGACGGAAGCAAUGCAGCAUAAGGUACAAGCUAUACUUGCUGAAGAUAACAAAGAACAAAGGGCAUCUUUGUACUCUGGAGCAUAUUCUGUCCUUGAAAAGUACAAGUCUAUGGAGUCCACGUCCAUCUUGGAAAUGACAUUGUGGAAACGACAACUCAAGGAUGGUUGGAGCAAUGAUAGUACGAAGCGACAGACGCUCGAGCGAGAAGAAUGCCGGCGUUUCUGUGGAUCAAACGCUGCGAUUCCGAGUGUAGUAAAAUUCUUGGGAAUCUACUAG